AUGUUACAACUACUGUCUUCAGCACUUCUGUGCUUAAUCUUUCUCCAGCGCUCCAGCGCAUUCUACCUCCCCGGCGUCGCCCCAUCCUCGUAUUCACUGGGCGAUCGAGUCCCUAUCACCGUCAAUGCGUUGACACCCUCAAUAUCACGACAUGAUGAGCAGAUCCACGCUGUGGUCUCGUACGACUAUUACCACCCAGCCUUCCGGUUUUGCCGACCGGAAGGAGGACCUCAGUGGGUGCGAGAAUCGCUAGGCAGCAUCAUCUUUGGCGACCGCAUACGAACCUCCCCUUUCGAGUUACGAAUGGGCCAGAACGAAACCUGCAAAGUUGCCUGCAAGAGCAAUCAGUUCGAUGAGAGGGCUGCAAAAUUUGUUAACUCUCGCAUUCAAGAGGCGUACAAUGUCAAUCUUUUAGUCGAUGGCCUACCAGCAGCUGAGCUCCGAGAGGAUCCCCUGACACAUGAGCGCUUUUCGAGCCCCGGAUUUCCGUUGGGGAAGGUCAAAGAGGAUGGAACUAAAAUCCUACAUAACCAUUGGGACAUCAUCAUUGAUUACCACAUGGCAGGUCUGCGCGGCACAAAAUACCGUGUUGUCGGAGUUCUAGUUCAGCCACAAUCAUAUUCGGGCAGUAAAUAUCUCGAGGGCGGCAAGGCGGAGUGUGCCACUUCUUCUAACGCACUCACCCUGAAGGAGAAAGGUGAGACCGGAGUGACAUACACAUACAGUGUAUACUGGCGGCCAUCAUCAACGGCUUGGGCGACUCGGUGGGAUAAGUACCUGCAUAUAAUCGAUCCAAAGAUCCAUUGGUUUUCACUCAUCAACUCGACGGUGUUUGUGAUAUUCCUCCUUGGCAUGGUCAGCACGGUCCUGGUCAGGGCACUGCGAAAAGAUAUUGCGAGAUACAACCGCUUGGAAAAUAUCAAUUUGGAUGAUCUCUCGGGCACGUCAGCUGUUGAGGAGGAUAUUCAAGAAGACUCCGGUUGGAAACUGGUGCACGGAGAUGUGUUUCGUAGCCCUCCACAUGCGCUGAUGCUGAGCGUUCUGCUCGGCAGUGGUGCUCAAUUGUUUGUCAUGACCGGUGUGACGGUCGCUUUUGCCAUGAUGGGCUUCCUAUCACCCUCGAAUCGCGGUUGGCUGACUACCAUCAGCCUUCUCCUCUACAUCCUGUUCAGCUGCAUCGGUGGAUACUUCUCAGCCCGGACGUACAAGGGCUUCGGCGGUGAGAAAUGGAAGCUCAACAUGGCACUCACUCCGAUAUUUGUGCCAGGCACCGUGUUCCUGGUCUUCUUUUUCCUCAAUCUCUUCGUCUGGGCCAAGGGAUCUAGUGGUGCGGUCCCUUUGACUACCAUGCUGGCCAUCAUUGCCAUUUGGUUCUUGAUCAGUGUCCCUCUCAGUUUGGUGGGCUCCUGGUACGGUUUCCGGCAGCCAGCUGUUGAAUCUCCCACUCGGACUAACCAGAUCCCUCGACAAAUACCACCUGUCUCCAGGUCACUCAGAACAUUGCCAUCACUACUUCUGACCGGCAUUCUGCCGUUCUGUGCCAUUUUCGUGGAGUUGUAUUUCAUUAUGACAUCACUAUGGACGAGCAAAAUCUACUACAUGUUCGGAUUCUUGUUCAUCUGCUACGGGCUUCUGGUCGUCACGUCAGCCUGCACGACGAUUCUACUGGUGUACUUUUUGCUCUGUGCCGAAGAUUAUCGAUGGCAGUGGCGAGCAUUCUUUGGGGCUGGCAUGACCGGUGGCUACGUGUUCUUGAAUGCUCUGGGCUUCUGGGCUACAAGAGUCAGCUUCGGCGGGUUGACUGGUGCAGUGCUCUACGUGGGCUAUUCGGCUCUCAUCAGCUUCUUGGUGUUUGUUCUCACGGGAACCAUUGGAUUCUUGGCCUCGUAUGAGUUCAUCCAUCGUAUCUAUGGAUCGAUCAAGGUAGACUAG